GCGCCAUUCGCCGCUGCAUGAGCGCUGCUGACGCUGCUGCUGCUGCUGCAGAAGCCGCGGUGGUUGCUGCCCCGCCUGCUGCACUGCCCACAGCCGCUUCAUCCAGCUCCCCGCAAACAACACCACAGCCCGAGCAGCAGCACCACCACCCACCGUCGCCGCCUCCGCAACAGCAGCAGCAGCAGCCUCCUAGCAAUCAACUGUCUCACCAGCAGCAGCAGCAGCACCACCGCACCCGCUUGCCGCACCUCCUCUGCUUCAACCUCUUCGCCCAGGAGGCCUACCACGCAGCGGAGGCACUGCAGGUCCGUUGUGCGGUCGCCGCGCCCUACAUGAUCCCCUACACCUGCCCGCCCGCCUUCACGCGCAUGUUCGCACGGGAGCUGCCGGAACUGUACGAAAGCCUGGUCGUACGGCAGCAGCGGGAGGGUGUACGACAGCAAGAGGAGCCGGAGCAGGAGGAGGCAGCAGGGGGGCUGCCUGACGUGAUGGCGAGGGUGACGUACGCCGAGGUUUCCCACUGGAUGUGGCCCCUCUUCACGGAACGGUGGGGCGAGUGGCGCUGCGAAACCCUGGGGCUGCCCCCACUGCCGCUGCACCGCCCUCACCACCCCCACCCCCACC